GUGGAGGGGAUGCUGCCCUCCAGGGAGGCAGCGAGCCUGCCGGGCUGACAGCAGUUGCGUGCCUGAAACGUUUUUGUAACCGCUGCCGCACCGGGCCGGCGUCCGGGUCUGUGAGAGCAUCGGCCACCCCAAAGUUCAGCUCGCUCUGCCCCCAGCCCAGCCUGCCCUAAGGCUGCCCCAGCUUGGAUCCCCAUGGGUGCAGGCGGCCCUGGGGACAGACAGGCUCAACCGGAGGCAGCUGCCAGCGUGGAGAAGGCAGAGCUAUGGCAUCGCUGCUGUGCAACGCCCGCAUCCAGCUCACGGACACGCUGGAGCAGAUGCAGCAGGGGACUCUGAUGCGCAAAGUCAAGUCCAAGAGCUGGAAGAAGCAGCGUUACUUCAAGCUGCAGGAGGACUGCAUGACCAUCUGGUACCAGUCCAAGAGGACAGGCAAAACUGAAUCUGCCUUCUCCAUCAGCGAUGUGGAGACGGUGCGGGAAGGGCACCAGUCGGAGGUGCUGCAGAGCGUGGCUGAGGAGUUCCCCCCUGAGCGCUGCUUCACCAUUGUCUUCUACGGCCGUCGCGGCAACCUGGACCUCGUUGCUGGCUCGGCAGAGGAGGCACAGUGCUGGAUACAGGGCCUGCGUCAGCUCAUCGAGGUGGCCACCACCAUGGACCAAAGGGAGAAGAUAGACCAAUGGAUUCGUGACUGGUUCCAGAAAGCUGACAAGAAUAAGGAUGGGCGCAUGAACUUCAAGGAGGUGCAGCGUCUCCUGAAGAUGAUGAACGUGGACAUGAACGAGGAUCAUGCCCUGCGGCUCUUCCAGGAUGCUGACAAGUCGGAGUCGGGGACUCUGGAAGGGGAGGAAUUUGUACUCUUCUACAAGGCUCUCACGCAGCGUGAGGAGGUGCUGAGCCUCUUCCAGAAAUACUCUGAGGAUGGAAAGAAGCUGACACUGCUGGAGCUGGCGGAUUUCCUGCGGGAGGAGCAGCUGGAGGAUGAGGGCACAGAGGAGCUGGCCAUGGAGCUCAUUGACAAAUAUGAACCAUCAGAGACGGCCCGGGCCCGCCAUGUGCUGAGUGCUGAUGGGUUCCUCAUGUACCUCUGCUCCCUGGAGGGCUCCAUCUUCAACCCCCGGCACCGGGGGCUGUGGCAGGACAUGAGCCAGCCACUCUGCCACUACUUCAUCUCCUCCUCCCACAACACCUACCUGAUAGAGGAUCAGAUCCGGGGCCAGAGCAGCAUCGAGGGCUACAUCAGGGCUCUGAAACGAGGCUGCCGGUGCCUGGAGGUGGAUUGCUGGGACGGGCCAAAUGGGGAGCCCAUGGUGUACCACGGCCACACCUUCACCUCCAAGAUCCCCUUCCGGGAGGUGGUGAACACCCUGGGGAAGUACGCCUUCAAGACCUCGGACUACCCGGUGAUCCUGUCCCUAGAGAACCACUGCAGCAUGGAGCAGCAGGAGGUGCUGGCCCAGCAGCUCAAGGACAUCCUGGGGGAACAGCUCCUCACCACUCCCAUCGAUGGGCAUGUCCCCACCCAGCUCCCAUCCCCAGAGGAGCUGAAGCACAAGAUCUUGCUGAAGGGCAAGAAGAUUGGGCGGCUGGAGGACACGCUGGACGGGCCAGGGGAUGAGGCACCUGAUGUGUCUGAUGAUGACAAUGGGGCAGAGGCAGAGGAGGAGAGGAGGAGAGCAAAGAAGGACAAGGAGACCUUGGCACAAACAUUGUCCGACUGUGUCAUCUACUGCAAGAAUGUGCCCUUCCGGGGCUUCCAGGAGGCACGCAGCCAUUCCCGGCCCUCGGAGGUCUCCUCCCUCUCUGAGGCCAAGGCCAGGAAGCUCAUCCGGGAUGAAGGAAAUGAGUUUGUUCGCCACAAUGCCUGGCAGCUGACACGCAUCUACCCCAGCGGCAUGAGGACUGACUCGUCCAACUACAAUCCCCAGGAGAUGUGGAACGUGGGCUGCCAGAUCGUGGCCUUGAACUUCCAGACAGCUGGCACGGAGAUGGACCUGUGUGACGGGCUCUUCAGCCAGAAUGGCUGCUGUGGCUAUGUGCUCAAACCACCCUUCAUGAGGGAUGAGGAGACUCUCUUCAACCCCAGUGACCCCAGCAGCCGGCAAGGCCCUGGCCCCACCACCCUGACAAUCCAGGUAAUCAGCGGGCAGCAGCUGCCCAAAGUGGCCAACAGCAAGGAGGGAGCCAUCAUUGACCCCCUGGUGCGUGUGGAGAUCUACGGGGUCCCUGCAGACCAGGCACACCAGGAGACCAAGUACAUCGAGAACAACGGGUUUAAUCCCCACUGGGAUGAGACACUGCAGUUUCAGAUCUAUGUGCCUGAGCUGGCCCUCAUUCGCUUUGUGGUGGAGGAUUAUGACAAGACUUCCAGGAAUGAUUUUGUGGGUCAGUUCACCCUACCAUUUGCCAACAUCAAACCUGGAUAUCGGCACAUCCAUCUCCUCUCAAAGGAUGGCACCAGCAUCCCACCCUCUUCGCUCUUUGUCCACAUCCGCAUCACUGAGCCACCUGGCCCUGAGCAGGACUGAGCUCACGGGGUUCAGGAUGCUGCUGCUCAUGCAUGAGUGUGGGGUCUAUGCCAGUGGAGCUCCCUGUACCCGCCACAGGCACCCUGCCUGGGCCCACAGUCAGAGCUUUACUGUGGGGAGGAGGAGAGAUGGUGUGUGGCCCAGCUGUGCUGCAGGGGCUGGUCCCCUCCCAGUCAGGGGAGCAAGGCUGGAGCUGAGCAAACCCCAGGGCUGGGCACAGCUGGGAGCUGAGUUGGUCCUCACUGCGCCCUAACCCUGCAGAGCCCCAUCACAUCCCUUGGCCCCUACAGCCCCAAAUUAACCCUUAUCCCAUCCUUUCUCUGUUAGCAACUUAAUAAAUUGUUCAGUGACAAA